AUGGAUGUGAAUAUAAGUGUCAAAAUGGAUAGCGAGAUCUCGAAAUCCACGUGGAUGCAUUCUGUUGGUUGUUUCGAAAGCAUAUGCAAAAAUAAUCUUCUCAUGAUCAGAACACAACAGUCGAAAUUUUAUCCGUGCUACCGAGAGGGGCAGAUAAUACACAUCGAGAAGGUACUGAAGUGA